AUGUUCAGACCCGCGAUCCUUCGCCAGGCCGUCAAGGCGCUCGGCCAAAGCACUCGCCCAGCCGCACCACGCUUCCUUCGUCCCCUCUCGGCCACAGCUCCCCGUUUCCAGAAAGAUGACAGCGAUGAUCCUUUGAUAAAGGCCACAACAAGAGCUCCUGAGGGUGCAGCCGGGGAGAGCGAGGGCAAAUACGCGCGUACUGACGAAAAUGUUGUAAUCGAAUACCCCGAUGACGAGAACAUGCCUCCCAGUCCAGUAGUCCAGGGCCGUGGAGGUAUGCAUUUCAAGCGUACCCUUGCUCAGUUCUCUCUAGAGAACCGAGUUACCUUGGUCACUGGUGGUGCUCGUGGCCUAGGAUUGGUCAUGGCACAGGGAAUUGUUGCCUCGGGCUCUAACUUGGCCAUUGUUGAUUUGAACAGAGACGAAGCUGGAGAGUCGGCGCAAAAGUUGGUGGAUCAAUUUCAGAAAGAGAACCCUGGAUUGGAGGAUUUGCCCAAGGUCACCGCACACUAUGCCGAUGUCUCAAACCCGGACUCCGUGAACAAUGCUCUCUCCGAGGUUCUGGCGAACCACGGCCGGAUUGAUCACUUGGUUACAUCUGCUGGCUUUACAGAGAACUUUGACGCGAUCAGCUACCCUCAUGACCGCAUUCAGAAGCUCUGGGGCGUAAACGUGGAUGGCACCUACCUAUUUGCUACCGGAGUUGCGAAACAUUUGAUGGAGCGCAAGGCUCCCGGCAGCAUCGUCAUGAUUGGUAGCAUGUCUGGUGCCAUUGUCAAUGUACCUCAACCCCAAGCACCCUACAACGCGGCCAAGGCAGCCAUCCGCCACCUCGCCUCAUCCUUUGCUGUUGAAUGGGCAGUACAUGACAUCAGGGUGAACUGCAUCAGCCCGGGAUACAUGCUAACCGCUCUGACUCGGAAGAUUCUCGACGAGAACCCCGAACUACGAGAUAAAUGGAUCUCUCUAAUCCCCACAGGAAAGAUGGGUGUGCCCGAAGAUCUUAUGGGCGCGGUGACCUUCCUCCUCAGUGACGCAUCCAAGUACAUCACUGGCGCAGAUCUCCGUGUGGACGGUGGCUAUACCUUGACCUGA